GCUCCGGCCGCCCGUGGGUACGCACGUGUCCUGUGUGAACGAAUAACUUAAAGUUGGCCGCAAGUGUUGUGAACAAACCUGUGCUUCGGUGAAUUAAGUUCAAACUUUGAACAUGGACGACUGAAUUGCCGGGAAAAGUGCAAAAGUUUUUACAUAAGUGAACUUCAUAACAAUAAGUGUAAAUUAUAAAUUUUGAAAAAUGGAGUCCAGAUUGCAUGUUCUUGCUGUAUCAGCUUUAAUUAUAAUGGCGUCAUCAAUAUGCGAGGGCGCGCGUGACGCAAGCUGCCCUCGAAUUUGUGGUCCGGCGCUGCAGGGCGACCCGGUGUGUGCUACCGAUGGGUACAUCUACCCCUCGCUCUGUGAGAUGAGGAAGAAGACUUGCGGGAAAGGAGUGAAAUUGGCCCAGGAUUUAGGAGCUUGUUCCAGGGCGCAGGGCUCUAAGUGCGAACACAGAUGUACUGCGGAAAGAGACCCUGUUUGCGGCACAAACGGACGAACAUACCUCAAUAGAUGCAUGUUGCAAGUUGAAAUAUGCAGAGUGGGCAUUGGUUUGUCGCACCUGGGCGCAUGCAACAACAUCAGCGCGCACCGCGAGAACUGUCCGGUAGAUUGCUCGCAGGCGCCACUCGACGGGCCCGUCUGCGGGUCCGACGGCAACGUCUACAAGAGCACCUGCCAAAUGAAGCUGCUCACUUGCGGACAAGGCGUGGUGAGAACGAACAAGAAGCACUGUCAAACAACACGACACUGCCGCGAGUCGUGCUGGCGGGUGGCUCGCCCCACCUGCGGAUCUGACGGCAAGCUAUACGCAAACGCAUGUAGGAUGAAGGCCACAAACUGCGGGAAACACGUAUUUGAAGUUCCAAUGGCAUUCUGCGUGUCCCAAGAGCGGACGUCAGGCGGCGAGUCCUGCCCUACCGACUGCUCCGGACAGAAAGAGAAGCUGGUCUGCGGCUCCGACGAGAACAUAUAUAGGAACGAGUGCGAGAUGAAGAUGCUUAAUUGUGGUGUCAACAACAGAAAAGUUGUAAAGAAGGUGGACAUGGAAAAGUGCAAAUCCAAGAUGAACAAGUGCCUCAAGGUGAAGUGUCGGGGUGACUUCGACCCUGUGUGCGGCACAGACGCUAAUGUGUACCCCAACUCCUGCCAAUUGAAGGUUGCUAAUUGCCUUAAGGGCGUGCAAUUGGCACACUUCGGCAACUGCACCUUGCUGCCGCGCCUCGAGACCGACUGCCCCGAAAGCUGCGACAACGCGCUCGACCAACCCGUCUGCGGAUCCGACGGCAAUGUCUACAAGUCUGAAUGCGAGUUGCGUCGGGCGACUUGCGGCCAGCACGUUGUGGCAGUCGCGCCAGACCACUGCCGCACCACGGCGCUGUGCCACCGGCCUUGUCCCGACACGCCCGCCUUCGUCUGCGGCUCCGACAAUCGCUUCUACAGGAACGAGUGCAUCAUGAAGAAGGAGAACUGCGGCAAGCACGUAUACGUAGUGCCAUUAAAGCGUUGCCUUGCGCGCUUCCAAUACGCGGGCUGCGCACGCGUCUGCCCGCCUGAGUACGACCCUGUCUGCGGAACUGAUGACAAGACAUACUCAAACAAGUGCUUCCUUGAGAUGGAAAACUGUCGCUCCAGGAGCGUGGUCCAGCUGAAAUACCUUGGCACUUGCACAGAGCCUAUUGCUGAAGAGCCCAAAAACUACCUCUAUCGAUAGAUGGCGUUGGUUGUACACUAACUCAUGACUAACAUCCGUCAUAUAAUUCCGCUUUCAUUGCAUUUUAACUUAGUCUCAUUUUAAAUAUUAGUGCCAACGAUAGAUGAAAUGGAAAUCCAUUGUAUUAUUCGAACCUUGUCUUCCUUUAAUUUAGUGUUAAGGGAGUCAGUACAAAACGUAACAAGAUGACGUCGUCAAUAUGGUAUCAAAGAAACGUGAGAGCAAAAUGGCGUUUGAAUUAUAGUUAAAUUAAAAUAGUGAUAAAAAUAAAACGACAUAAAUGAACAUUUAAAAAUUA